AUGGUUCUCGCAAAGUCCAAGAAGAGCGUCGGGCUGGGCAACAGCCUGAUGAACGAUCGGUUCAGCAAGGGCAAGGGCGCGGACAUGCGGAGGGGCAACUUUAACCAGGGAAUCGAGCGAACGGGCCAAAAUGGCGAGAAGUACAUCACCAACGAGAAGAAGGAGGCGGCAUGGGUAAAGAUGCGCUCUGUCACUGAACAAGGCGCUCUUGACGACUUCCUUUCGACUGCCGAAUUAGCGGGUACCGACUUCACGGCUGAGAAGAUGAACAACGUCAAGAUCAUUCACAAGGACCAGAAGAACCCAUACCUCUUGUCAGCAGCUGAAGAGCGCAAUGUCACUCGGAGACACAAGGAGAACAGGAAUAGGUUGACGGUGCCGAGGCGACCAAAGUGGGAUGCGCAGACUACGCCGCAGGAGUUGGACGAGUUGGAAAGGUCAGCGCUGCUACAGUGGCGAAGAGGCUUGGCGGAAUUGCAAGAGAACAACGAUCUGCUUAUGACACCCUUUGAGCGCAACCUCGAGGUAUGGAGACAACUAUGGCGUGUUAUCGAGCGAUCCGAUCUCGUUGUGCAAAUUGUGGAUGCCCGAAAUCCGCUCAUGUUCCGAUCUGAAGAUUUGGAGGACUAUGUCAAGGAGGUUGAUCCUAAGAAGAAUAAUUUGCUACUGGUCAACAAGGCGGAUAUGAUGACACUGGAGCAGCGGAAGAUUUGGGCCGACUAUUUCACUGAGGCUGGCAUCAACUUCAAGUUCUUCUCUGCUGAGUUGGCCAAGGAGAUGAACGAAGCCCGUGGGUUAGCAGAGGAAAGCGACGAAUCAGGCGAUUCAGAGGACUACUCGGAUGAGGAUGAAGACGAAGAAGUUGAUCAGGAAGAUGACGAACUUUCAAAGGAGGCCAAGAAGAUUGACCUACAAGAUAAGCAGGAAGAGGAGGAAAAAUGGGUAGAUGAGGAGACCGUCGCCGUUCCUGGCGAGAGCAGUGCCGGCGCAGAUGGUGACGAGCGAACGCGAAUUCUCACAACCGAAGACCUCGAGGCGCUUUUCCUACAACAUGCACCGGAUGUCGAAACGGGUCCUAAUGGCGAGCCGCGCAAGACGUCAAUUGGUCUGGUCGGUUACCCCAACGUAGGAAAGUCAUCCACAAUCAACGCUUUGAUUGGCGCGAAGAAGGUGUCCGUAUCUGCAACACCCGGAAAGACGAAGCACUUCCAGACCAUUCAUCUUAGUGACAAGGUUGUCUUGUGCGAUUGUCCUGGUCUUGUGUUCCCCAACUUUGCGACGACAAAGGCUGAGCUUGUGUGUGCUGGUGUCCUUCCAAUUGACCAACUGCGAGAGUACACUGGCCCUGCAGGUCUUGUUGCUAGGCGAAUCCCACAACGAUUCCUAGAGGCGCUUUAUGGAAUGAAGAUUCAUCCUCGCCCUCUUGAGGAGGGUGGUACCGGCGUUCUUACUUCUGAAGAAGUAUUGCGCGCUUUUGCUAUUGCUCGAGGCUUCUCCACCCAGGGUCUCGGUCAACCCGAUGAAUCGCGAGCAGCGCGAUACAUUCUCAAGGACUACGUCAAGGGCAAGAUCCUAUUCUGCCACCCACCGCCAACAGAGCCACCGAUUGACGAGAAGCACUUUAACCGCGAGCUCUACGACGUGAACCAUCUACCUGCCAAGCGUCGCCACCACCCUCUUGCAAACGUUCCUGGCAACACUUCUCUUGCAGAUAUGCCCAAAGACGGUGCAUCGUUGAUGGACGACGAUUUCGACGGUGGCGUACCUAUUCAAGGUGAGAAGACACAACGCAUGGACAAGCGUUUCUUUGGCCCAGGCCAAGGAAUGGCCAAGGUCAGCCAACCAUUCCACUACAAGUAUAGCGAGCAAGGCAAGGAGCUGAGCGGCAGAAAAGCCAAGAUGAUGGCAGCGCUGGAGCAGGAUGUUGAUCCAGCAGAGAUGAAGAUGAACAGCAAGAAACAUUUCAAGGCGAACAAGAGGAGAGCGAAGAAGGUCAGGUCCGAAUACGUGGAUUAA